GCGGUUGGCGAAGCGGAUGGGGCGCAGCCUCCCCGGUGCGAGGAGCAGUCCCCGCUGACAGAUCCCCUUCUUCCGGCCGCGCCACCCGGGAGGCGGAUCCCUGGGGCCUGAGAAGGCUUCCUUGGCCCGGGCCUCCCUCCCUCCCUCCCUCUCCUGCGGGUCACCCUAGCGGCCUGGGAGGAGGAGGAGGAGGAGGCGGUGGAGGAGGAGGUCGUCGGGGGCGGUGGGCAGAGACCGCGCUCCUCCUUUCCCGGCGGCGGCGGCGGCGGCGGCGGCGGGGGCAGGACAAUGGAGGUGGCUGUGGAGAAGGCGGCGACGGCGGCCGCAGCGGCUUCGGUGGCGGCCGCCGGGGGGCCCUCGGCUGCGCCGAGCGGGGAGAACGAGGCCGAGAGUCGGCAGGGCCCCGACUCGGAGCGCGGAAGCGAGGCGGCCCGGCUCAACCUGUUGGACACUUGCGCCGUGUGCCACCAGAACAUCCAGAGCCGGGCGCCCAAGCUGCUGCCCUGCCUGCACUCGUUCUGCCAGCGCUGUCUGCCCGCGCCCCAGCGCUACCUCAUGCUGCCCGCGCCCAUGCUGGGCUCCGGCGAGACCCCGCCGCCGGUCCCCGCCCCCGGCUCGCCGGUCAGCGGCUCCUCGCCGUUCGCUACCCAAGGCAAAGGAAUUUCCAGGAUAAUGAAGGAAAGUCCCCGGACGGCAGCUUGCAACAAACUUGAGGAAGAUUGGAGCUGGAGGAAGGACUUCAGAGAAGUUGGAGUCAUUCGAUGUCCGGUUUGCAGCCAAGAAUGUGCAGAGAGACACAUCAUAGAUAAUUUUUUUGUGAAGGACACUACUGAGGUUCCCAGCAGUACAGUAGAAAAGUCUAAUCAGGUAUGUACAAGCUGUGAGGACAAUGCAGAAGCUAAUGGGUUUUGUGUAGAGUGUGUUGAAUGGCUCUGCAAGACAUGCAUCCGAGCUCAUCAAAGGGUGAAAUUCACAAAAGACCACACUGUGAGACAGAAAGAAGAAGUAUCUCCAGAGGCAGUUGGUGUGACCAGUCAGCGACCAGUGUUUUGUCCUUUUCAUAAGAAGGAGCAGCUGAAGCUUUACUGUGAAACAUGUGACAAACUGACGUGUCGGGACUGCCAGUUAUUAGAACAUAAAGAGCAUAGAUACCAAUUUAUAGAAGAAGCUUUUCAGAAUCAGAAAGUGAUCAUAGAUACACUAAUCACCAAACUGAUGGAAAAAACAAAAUACAUAAAGUUUACAGGAAAUCAAAUCCAAAACAGGAUAAUUGAAGUAAAUCAAAAUCAGAAGCAGGUGGAACAGGAUAUUAAAGUUGCCAUAUUUACCUUGAUGGUAGAAAUAAAUAAAAAAGGAAAAGCUCUUCUGCAUCAGCUUGAGAGUCUUGCAAAGGAUCAUCGAAUGAAACUUAUGCAACAGCAGCAGGAAGUGGCUGGACUUUCCAAACAGUUGGAACAUGUCAUGCAUUUUUCCAAAUGGGCAGUUUCCAGUGGCAGCAGUACAGCGUUACUUUAUAGCAAGCGACUGAUUACAUACCGGUUACGGCAUCUCCUUCGAGCAAGGUGUGAUGCUUCCCCAGUGACCAACAAUACCAUCCAGUUUCACUGUGAUCCUAGUUUCUGGGCUCAAAAUAUUAUCAAUCUAGGUUCUUUAGUAAUCGAAGACAAAGAGAGUCAACCACAAAUGCCUAAGCAGAAUCCUGUCGUGGAACAGAAUUCACAGCCACCAGGUGGUUUAUCUUCAAACCAGUUAUCCAAGUUUCCAACACAGAUCAGCCUAGCUCAGUUACGACUCCAGCAUAUGCAGCAACAGGUAAUGGCUCAGAGGCAACAGGUGCAACGGAGGCCAGCACCUGUGGGUUUACCAAACCCUAGAAUGCAGGGGCCCAUCCAGCAACCUUCCAUCUCUCAUCAGCAACCCCCUCCACGUUUGAUAAAUUUUCAGAAUCACAGCCCCAAAUCCAAUGGACCAGUUCUUCCUCCUCAUCCUCAACAGCUAAGAUACCCUCCAAACCAGAGUAUGCCCCGACAAGCCAUAAAGCCCAACCCCCUGCAGAUGGCGUUCUUGGCGCAGCAAGCCAUAAAACAGUGGCAGAUCAGCAGUGGGCAGGCCACCCCCUCGACUGCCAACAGCACGUCCUCUACUCCUUCCAGCCCCACCAUCACUAGUGCAGCCGGAUACGAUGGCAAGGCUUUUGGCUCACCUAUGAUUGAUCUGAGCUCACCAGUGGGGGGUCCCUAUAAUCUUCCUUCUCUUCCAGAUAUUGACUGUUCAAGUACAAUCAUGCUGGACAAUAUAGUGAGGAAGGAUGCUAGUGUAGACCAUGGCCAGCCCAGACCACCCUCCAACAGGACCGUCCAGUCACCAAAUUCAUCAGUGCCAUCUCCAGGCCUUGCAGGACCUGUUACCAUGACAGGUGUACACCCACCAAUACGUUCACCGAGUGCCUCCAGUGUUGGGAGCCGAGGAAGCUCUGGCUCUUCCAGCAAACCAACAGGAGCUGAUUCUACACACAAAGUCCCAGUGGUCAUGUUGGAGCCAAUCCGAAUAAAACAAGAAAACAGUGGACCACCUGAAAAUUAUGAUUUUCCUGUUGUUAUAGUGAAGCAAGAAUCAGAUGAAGAAUCUAGGCCUCAAAAUACCAACUAUCCAAGAAGCAUACUUACGUCCCUGCUCUUGAAUAGCAGUCAGAGCUCUGCUUCUGAGGAGUCUGUGCUAAGAUCAGACGCCCCUGAUAGCACAGGAGAUCAACCUGGGCUUCACCAGGAAACUUCCUCCACUGGCAAGUCAGAGUGGCUGGAUGCCUCCCAGAAGUCCCCCCUUCUUGUUGGAGAGACAAGGAAAGAGGACGACCCCAAUGAGGACUGGUGUGCAGUGUGUCAGAACGGAGGGGAACUCCUGUGCUGUGAGAAGUGUCCCAAAGUAUUCCACCUGUCUUGUCACGUGCCCACGCUGGCAAAUUUUCCGAGUGGAGAGUGGAUUUGCACUUUCUGCCGAGACUUAUCCAAACCAGAAGUUGAGUAUGAUUGUGAUGCUCCCAGUCACAACUCAGAAAAAAAGAAAACUGAAGGCCUUGUUAAACUAACACCAAUAGAUAAAAGGAAGUGUGAACGUCUACUUCUGUUUCUUUACUGCCAUGAAAUGAGCCUGGCUUUUCAAGACCCAGUUCCUCUAACUGUGCCUGAUUAUUAUAAAAUAAUUAAAAACCCAAUGGACUUGUCAACCAUCAAGAAAAGACUACAGGAAGAUUAUUCCAUGUAUACAAAGCCUGAAGAUUUUGUAGCUGAUUUUAGAUUGAUCUUUCAAAACUGUGCCGAAUUCAAUGAGCCUGAUUCAGAAGUAGCCAAUGCCGGUAUAAAACUUGAAAGCUAUUUUGAAGAACUUCUGAAGAACCUUUACCCGGAAAAAAAGUUUCCCAAACUAGAAUUCAGGAAUGAAUCAGAAGAUAAUAAAUUUAGUGACGACUCAGAUGAUGACUUUGUACAGCCCCGGAAGAAACGCCUCAAAAGCAUAGAAGAACGCCAGUUGCUUAAAUAAGCAGCACCACUGGCCCAUGCUGGUUUUUAGAUUUUUGUCAGUAAUUUAACAUCAUUACCAAGAAGAGUUUGUGACCACUCUUUAAGUUUUUGAUGUUUGCUAGACUUGAUUUUCUUAAUAACCCAUUUCUUUUAACCUUACAAGAAAGAACAAAGAAGAGGAAGGAAGGAAAAGGAAGAAAGAAAGAAGCAUCAGCAACAAAAGACAUUUUCCCCACGUAUUGGAUUUCAAACUGCAGUCUGGAGCGAUAGCUAUUCUAGAAAGGAAAUAGAUGUUGUAUGAACUCUAAAUUGAAAGUUUAAUGGCUUGGAUGUGUGCAUUAACCCAUUUUUAGAAAAUACCACUACCCAUUAAUUAUGGACCAACCCAUGAGUUAGGUGUACUGUACUUGAGAGCAGUACUCCAUGAAUGUGAGUGGUAAGAAAGAGUUCUAUCCUAGAAUGCCCACUGGUGCAACGAAAAAGUAGAUUAGAUGCUACUACGAAGCACCUGAUAGUAUAUCAUGUAAGAUGGCAACUGUAUUAAAAAAAAAGCAGGAAAACGAAUGUUUGAUUUUUGUUUUUGUUUUUUUCUUGUCUCUAGAGGUGUUUGGUAUAGCAGGUUUUCAAGGCCAUUUUUCAUACGUUUCUAAGUCUUACCUUCUGCUGUGGAAGUAAGUGUACUUGUUUGGUUUUGCUCUGUGUCUGUGUGGUUUGUUGUUUGCCUUUUAACUGUGCAGGUGACCCUUUUAUAAUAAGACUCAAUUGUUUGCAGUAUGGCUUUUAGUGGAACUUCUCAGAAUUUGAAAUACAGCAGUGUAUGCCAUAUGCGAUGUCAGGAUUCCUCAACUUAAACCCUAUUGGGCAUUAAAUAUAAAUUCCCCUGAAAGGGAAUAGUUUUUGUGGUUUUCAUCUGUCUUCAUAAUUCCGGAUGAAAGUGUGUUGUAGAAUUUGGGGCCAGGCAAUCGGAAGGAAUUAGACUGAAAAAUUUUUUUCAGAAGCAUUUAUUUCCUAUUUUUCAGAGUCAAACUGUCAAAUUGAGUCUUUGAUCUAACUUAAUUCUGGGUUUCAUUUUCGUUCUCUUAAUAGAGAUACAAAAGACCUGUCUUCUGAGGGCAAGUAUAUUCUUAAUGGGUCAGAGCUACUUUAACAUUCAUUCAUUCCCUUUACUUGUUAAUGUCAAAGAAGGAGAUGAGAUUAAGAUAGAAGAAAAUUUUGUGCCACGUGCUAAUCUAACAUGUGACAGUAACAUUUACAUGUGGACUUCUUUGUUUGCCAAAGUAAACCUCUAUUUAUGAAACAGUAAAGGAGGAAAUUUUUCUCUUUCGGCUGAUAGAAUUAAAAUAGAGCUGACUUCGAAGAAUUUUUACCCUUUGGAUCAUGUCAUCUCUCACGAAUUCAACCUAGAGGACUUGCUUUUACCCACAUAGCAUCAUUUCCUAAAAUAGACAUUUGAAAGUAUUCUGUGGCUAAGUCACUGGGUUUUCAGAUACUGCUAGAGAUAAAAUGAGAAAAUAACUUCUUGGCAGUAAACUUAGGUUUAGUCCACAAUAUAUCAAUCAUGUAUUAAAUGCUUAAAACGUCUUAAUUUUCAAAAUCGGUUUUUCAGGGUAGUUGUUGUGGUUUUAUUGUUUUGAAUAUGCAUUUGACAUUCUCCAAAGAAGUUAACAAAAUUUACCGCUUAUCUUUUUUUGCUCCACCAUUUUUAGCACAGCAGCUAUGGUAAUUCUGCUAGUAAGUUUAUUGUUGUUAUCUUAGACUGUAUUGUUCCUCUGACAUUUUUUUUCUUCCGUACUUGUCUCCUGAGUUAAAGCAGGCAACACGGAUCGAUUUUGAGGAUGAUCACAAAGGGAAGUAGCACUUAACAGAGAAAAAUGUGUAAUUUCCUAAAUGCAUUUGAGCCAGAAUUUCUACUAAUGUACCCAGAACUUACACUGUUAUUUUCAGUGCCGUAUUAAUCUUUCAGAGCAGUAUUCUCUUUCACCUUUCUCAUAUUUUUGCUGAAUGAAAGGCAGUUGAAACCCAUCUUUCCUGUAAUCAAACAUUAUACAUAUUAAAAUGUUUCUCUCUCC